AUGAGGCCCACGUGUUCAGGGCCUCAGGGCGUCUGGCCAGACACGCACCGUCCACCUGGAGCUGAAGGGGGCCUGGUGCCCUCUGGGGCCUCGGAGCGGGCCACGGGGACAGCUCUAGGCAGCUCCGGGCCACUGCCCACAGAUCCACUGCAGGGAGGGGGCCAAGCCCAGUCCUCGCCGGCACCAGGGAAGACACGCACACCCUGGCUGGAGCACCUCAAGGAUGGGGACCCCCGUGCCGGGGAGCCUCAGACACGGGCACGGGGACUGCCCUCGGCCGUGCUUGGCUCCUGGGGGCCCACCCCCUGCCCCUCCCGCCUCUCACCACCUCCAGGAAGCUGCCAGGACUGCUCUGCUCAGAGCCGGCCCCCCGUUGCCAGCCCCAGCCACCGCCCAGGCCGCAGCGACAGCAUCCAAGUCCCGGGUGUGGCCGGGCAUUGGCCCGGGGCCGGCAGCGGGGCGAGGGCCGCCUCGCCACAUGCUGUCCAGGCCAAGCGGGCGGGGCUGGGGUCGGGAGAAUGGGUGCCUUCAUGCUGUAGCCCCGGCUCUGUGUGUGCCGUGCCCUGGCCCGGCCCGGCCCACCCGUGCCCCCGCCCCGCCAGUACCCGCGGUGCCCUCCUCCGCUCGCGCGGCUGGCGGCAGGGCCUCCCCGUGCGGGACCGGGCAGCCACCUGCCGCCCACAGCCGCAGCCACACAAUGGGGCCCUUGUGCGCGGGCGGCCGGCGGGCGGCGGGCAGCGCCUCCCAGCCCACCCCGGGCUCAGAGCCCCGUUGUGUGGGGUGGUUGCCUGGGCGGGCAGCACGGAGCCGGACGGGCAGGCCCCGCCCGAGCUGAGCCGCGGCACAGCCGGCCCCGUGCCCCCAGCCCCAUGCGGCUCCUGGCCCGGCACCCCCCUGAGGAGAAGGUGGACCAAGGCUUCGGGGGCCCAGGACAAGCGGUCCCUCAACAGUGAGGGUUUGAGCUCAGUGCACAGGCCUUCAGGGAAGCACCCGCCCUGCCCGGUGAUGCUGCCCAUGAGCGAGCACCGUGGAGGCCACUGA